GAUCAAAAUUUAUCUACGCUCAAGCCUUUGUUUACCUCAGGUGUCGCGCAAUUCAACAACUCUUUGGAUUUCGUAUGCAGAGAGUGUUUCGAAAGAAGAAUUGGAUUAUCCUCUUGCUUAUGGCGCAGUUGUUUAUAAAAACUUUGUUCAAGUGAGUAGAAACAUUGCAUACAUUGCAUAUAAAUAUUGUAAAUUCUCUGUAUCCAAUAAUAUCCAUCACAUACAGGUCAUAUUCAUGUUGAGCGCCUUCUACCGGCCUCAUAAUGAAUAUUGCAUAGCUGUGAGCGGUUCAGCAGAUAUAACUUUCAAAGUCUACAUGGAUCAACUUGAGAGAUGUUUCAGCAAUGUUCACGUACUGAUGGAUCGGGUGAAACUUGCAAAAACGCGGAUCGUCCUUGUCUUUUUCGGUAUCACGACCCUUUCUACUAUUGAAAUUAUCAACUCUACAUGGGCAUGUGUCGAUCUUCUAGCUCGCAGCAAAACAAAUUGGAUUUAUUAUCAGCAACUUUCGGGCGUUGAUGUUCCUUUGAAAACGAACUUGGAAAUGGUGCAAAUAUUCAAACAGUUAAAUAAUACGGUUAAUACCGAAUUUUCUGCAUAUCAGGAAGAGCGCUUACAGGGAAAGAAGGAACUCCGCUCAAGGGAGAAAAAAGCUGUCCAACUUAACCUCGCUCCCUAUGCAGAACUACCUCAAGUGGAACUAAGCUCUGGCGUACCAUACGAGAAGCUGAAGCAUCCGCUCUGGAUGAUGUGGUAG